UUCUUCGUCUCAGAAGGGUUCUUCUUAGAGAGAGAGAGAGGGUUUUAGCGUUUCAGGCUGCUUCAAUGGCGGCCAACUCCAAAAGAAUUGCAAACAAAUAUCAAAACAAAACCCCGAAAACCCUAAAAUCAAACCCCAAAAACUUCAAGAGAAGUAAGAAGAAUCCCUCUGUGCAGAAACCAAAAUCUUUUCCUCUCUCUAAACCUUUCACCAUAAAAGAAGAUGUAGAGAGAGAAAAAGAAGCUAGUGAAGACGAACAAGAAGAAGAGAGAGAGGAAGAGGCAUCUCAGUCUGAUGUUUCUUCAGAUGGCGACCCCUUCACCGAUGAUUUCCUUCAAAGCGACAGUGAAAGUGGUGAAGAGAAGGAUUCGGAUGAGUCUGAUAUCGAGGAAAAGUCUCGUAUUUUGGAUGAAGAGAGAGAAAGAGAAGUGGAGGAUGCAGAGGCUGAGUUACAACUUAACAUUCAAGAAGAAGCUGAUGAUUUUAGACUACCAACAAAGGAGGAGCUUGAAGAAGAUUUUCAACGCCCAACUGAUCUUCCAAAUCUUCAGAGGAGGAUAAAAGAGAUUGUUCGUGUCCUUUCUAAUUUCAAUUCUCUGAGACAAGAGGGAGCUGUAAGGAAAGACUACGUUGAGCAGCUCAAGGGGGAUUUGGCUUUGUACUAUGGAUACAAUGAAUAUCUAAUUGGAAUUCUUGUUGAGAUGUUCCCUGUUGUAGAGCUUGUUGAGCUUAUUGAAGCAUUCGAAAAACCUCGCCCUGUGAGUUUGCGGACAAACACAUUAAAGACUCGCAGGAGGGAUCUGGCUGGUGUCCUGAUUAACAGAGGUGUGAACCUAGAUCCACUGAGCAAGUGGUCCAAGGUUGGAUUAGUUGUGUAUGAUUCACAAGUGCCUAUAGGUGCUACCCCAGAAUAUAUGGCUGGACACUACAUGCUGCAAAGUGCUAGCUCCUUUUUACCUGUAAUGGCCCUUGCACCUCAGGAAAGGGAACGGGUUGUGGAUAUGGCUGCUGCUCCUGGUGGUAAAACAACUUAUAUUGCAGCUCUCAUGAAGAAUACUGGCAUUAUUUAUGCAAAUGAGAUGAAGGUUCCCAGGCUUAAAUCAUUGUCUGCAAAUUUACAUCGUAUGGGAGUGACUAAUACCAUAGUUUGUAACUAUGAUGGCAAGGAGCUUCCUAAGAUCCUGGGUGUGAAUUCUGUUGAUAGAGUGUUGUUGGAUGCACCAUGCAGUGGGACUGGGGUUAUAUCCAAAGAUGAAUCUGUCAAGGCAACCAAAACUGACGAAGAUAUACAGAAGUCGGCUUUCCUUCAGAAGCAAUUGAUUCUUGCUGCAAUUGACAUGGUGGAUGCCAAUUCAAAAACUGGGGGAUACAUAGUUUACUCAACUUGUUCCAUAAUGAUCCCUGAGAAUGAAGCGAUUAUAGACUAUGCAUUGAAGAAGAGACAUGUGCGACUUGUUCCAUGUGGCUUGGAUUUUGGCCGACCUGGGUUUAUACGAUAUAGGGAGCAUCGUUUCCAUCCUUCAUUGGAGAAAACUAGGCGCUUCUAUCCACAUGUUCAUAACAUGGAUGGCUUCUUUGUGGCCAAGUUGAGAAAGUUGAGCAAUUCCAAGCGUGAACAAAAUCCAAAUGAUGCUUCAGAAACAACUGAAGAGAUUCCAAAGGCAAACAACAGUGAAACCCAAGAGGAGGUUCCAAAAGCUGAACCUCAACAACUAGAAAAUGGGAAUAAUCACACGAAGAACCCUAUGAAAAAGCGUGAAAAGAAACAGAUUAAGAAGGGUGCUAAGGAGGGCCAAAAGACAAAUGAGGAUGUGAAGAAUACUAGAGAAGAAAAGCCGACAUCCAGAAAGGAGUUUAAAGAGAAAAGAAAAUUCCCAAGCCCUGAAGAAAUCUCUAGAGCAAGGGAAGAGAAGAGGGAAGCAAUGAGGAAAAGGAAGGCGUUGGGCAUCAGUGACCCAUCUUCCCAGGUGGAGAAGCAGCAGCCCCCAAAAUCAGAAAGAGAAGAGAAAAGAGUGAAGAGACGGAACAGUGAAAACAAAACAAUGAAGAGAGAACCCAAGAAAAACAAGUUAAAACAGUGAAGAGGGAGAGAAUUUCUAUCUUAAGUAAUUAUCAUCCCGCCUUGCGGGCCCCACAGCUGCUUGAACACCGUGUGGCAGCAUACUAUUGGCUCUAAGCCUACCAGCUAUUAAAGUGGGCCCUGUUUUUUCAAGGGGGUUUGUGCAAUUUUGUUAAUUAGUCUAAAUUAUUUUCUUCUUUGCUCCUAUUUUCUCCUAUUUUUGUCUUUUGGAUAGGUAAUUUGAACCCUUGACCUAGUGUUGAGCCCCAUUAAAUACUUGGAGAGAGUGGCAUCAUAAGCAUCUUGUUUUCCUGUGCA